UGCCUGUUGUUGUGUGUGCACACAGAAGCGCAUGCAUGUCUGCAUAUAAAAAGCUUCUGCGUGUUGCUUUUUGUGUUUAUUUGAACCCAAGAGCUGAGAAACAAGAAGUCCCUAUCUGGACAACAAACUGGAUUAUGUUGGAUUUUUCUCUGCUUUACGCCGCCUUCAAGGAAACCUAGAACUUAAUAGCUUCUUUGUCACCCUCUGGUCUCCAUCUGCAGCGAUGGCUGAAUGGAGCUGGGUGGCCUACACCGUGCUAGAGGUGCUGAUUGCUGCGGCGUGCUGCCUUGGGAAUGUGUUGGUGGUGUGUGCUGUGUGUCUGGGUAUCCGGGAUUCCCUUCGAGAGCCAACCUUCUGCUUCCUGGUGUCCUUGGCGGUGGCUGACUUCCUAGUGGGUGUGGCUGCUGUGCCCCUGGCUGUGCUGCUGGAUGGGUGGGUGAACGUGACCCCUGAGAUGUGCCUGCUGCUCAGCUGUGUGGUGCUCGUGUUGACGCAGGCCUCUGUGCUGUCUCUGCUAGCCAUCGCUGUGGACCGAUACCUGCGGUUACACACCCCACACAGAUACAAAGCCCUGGCCACUCAGAGGCACACUUUGCUGGCCGUGUCUAUGUGCUGGAUACUUUCGGCUCUACUAGGCUUCACCCCUCUGUUUGGCUGGAAUAAUUACUCCUCCCUAACAUCUGAUUCCACCAAUACUUCCUCCACUUCCUCCAUCCCUCCACCAUGCACCUUCCUCUCAGUUAUCUCCCUCCCCUUCAUGGUCUACUUUAACUUCCUGGGAUGUGUCAUGGCACCCCUGCUGGUCAUGAGCAUCCUCUACACUCGAAUCUUCUGGAGCCUGCAGGGACGUCUAAGGGAAAGCUGCCCUCAAACCCAGGUGCCUCUGCUGAAGGAGAAGAAGCUGGCCUGCUCCCUGGCUCUGGUUCUCAUUUUGUUUGCGGGCUGCUGGAUUCCUCUGCACCUGAUGAACUGCCUUCUGCUGUUUCAUGGGCCCCACGCUGUCACUCAGGGAUGCCUCUAUACAGGCAGGUAUUCUUCUGUCUCACGCCAACUCAGCAGUCAACCCCGUGGUCUACGCCUACCGCAUCCCAAAGAUCCAGCAGGCCUACAGUCAAAUAUGGAAGCGCUUCCUUGAGAGGUUAAACUGUUGCCAUGGGAACAAGCGAGUUCGCAGAUCAAUAACGAGCACUUAAGCCAAUCACACAGAGAUGGGUAGAUUGGGAGGUAGAACCAGAGGGUCAUUUAUAAGAGCAGAAACACAUGCAGAGAGUUGAGAUUGAAUCUUUAAAAGUCUGUAGUGUUUGGUUUGCAUGCGUAGCCCCUCGUGGUGUUUGGUUUCCCAAUAAUUUGAGUGCAAACUUGGUCCGAACGAUUUCCCGUGUCUCCACCAGAGUGUGCCAUACUCUCACAAACUCAACAGAUGCUGCUCAGUAAGAAUCAGAAAAGCAGUGUCAACAAAACAAUGUCAAGAUCCCAUUCACUGAUUUUUGGACAAAUGAUUUGAGGCAAGUGUGACUUUAUUUAAGAUGUACAUAUUUUAAAGCAGGUCAGUAAGACAGCUUCAGUCAGUUCAACAGCCACGGUUAAUUAAACUAAUCCUUUGAA